AAACUUUUUGUGAACAGCCAGUGUAGACAUUAGCUCUGGCUAGCUGCUAGUUAGCCGCUGUUGUUUUCCCACCAGCAGAUUGUACCGAAACGUGAGGGUUUACGUUAGCUCGGUAGUUAGCAUCCUGUCACAGGGAUCAUUUAGGCCCUUUGUUUUACACCGGGUAAUGCAGGGUCUAAACAGCACAUUACCAAUAUAACGUGAGGUAUCCUCAGCUUGUUUGUGUUGCAACAAUGCGAAACGUAACUAAUAGUGGAACAUGAAGAUGGGGCCAUGGGGGAUCCUGUGAUAACUUAGAAACAUUGCAUCUUUGUACAUUUCAACCAUUCAAGAGUGCUUUAAGGACGAGAGUGAGUGGUACCCCAAAGCCAGUGAUGUCACGGGUUCCCACCCCUCCCCCUCCUGGGGAGAUGUCAAGUGGACCUGUGGCAGAGAGCUGGUGUUACACACAGGUCAAAGUGGUGAAGUUUUCGUACAUGUGGACCAUAAACAACUUUAGUUUUUGCAGAGAAGAAAUGGGGGAGGUGUUGAAGAGCUCCACCUUCUCCUCUGGCCCUAAUGACAAGAUGAAAUGGUGUCUGCGAGUCAAUCCAAAGGGACUCGAUGACGAGAGCAAAGAUUAUCUGUCACUGUAUUUACUCCUUGUUAGUUGUCCAAAAAGUGAAGUGAGAGCAAAGUUCAAGUUUUCGUUGUUGAACGCUAAAAGAGAAGAGACAAAAGCGAUGGAAAGCCAAAGAGCAUAUAGAUUUGUCCAAGGCAAAGACUGGGGAUUCAAAAAGUUUAUUAGGAGAGAUUUCCUCCUUGAUGAAGCCAAUGGCCUCUUACCGGAUGACAAACUCACCCUCUUCUGCGAGGUGAGCGUCGUACAGGACUCUGUUAACAUUUCGGGCCAGUCCAACAUGAACAUGCUGAAGGUACCGGAGUGUCAGCUGUCUGAUGACCUGGGGAACCUGUGGGAGUGUUCACGCUUCACGGACUGCAGCCUCUACGUGGGAGGGCAGGAGUUCAAAGCCCACAAAUCCAUCCUCGCAGCGAGGUCACCCGUCUUCAAUGCUAUGUUCGAACAUGAAAUGGAGGAGAGUAAAAAGAACCGUGUUGACAUCAGUGAUGUAGACCCGGAUGUCUUUAAGGAAAUGAUGGGCUUCAUCUAUACAGGAAAGGCCCCCAACCUGGAGAAGAUGGCAGACAAUUUGCUGGCAGCUGCAGAUAAAUAUGCUCUGGAGCGUUUAAAGGUCAUGUGUGAAGAGGCCUUGUGCAACAGCCUUUCAGUGGAGAACGUGGCCGACACCCUCAUCCUCGCAGACUUGCACAGUGCCGAGCAGCUCAAAGCACAAGCCAUAGAUUUUAUCAACAGGUGCAGUGUCCUGAGACAGCUGGGCUGUAAAGAUGGAAAGAACUGGAAUAGCAAUCAUGCUACAGACAUAAUGGAGACUGCAGGCUGGAAGUCAAUGAUCCAAUCCCAUCCCCACUUGGUAGCCGAGGCCUUCCGCGCCCUGGCUUCAGCACAGUGCCCACCCUUUGGUCUUCCCAGGAAACGCCUAAAACAGUCCUGACCGCCCGACUGUGCCCCAGGACUUUACUGGAGGUGUGAAGCAUGGGUUUACAAAGGAAGGACUAGCGAGGGUACCACUCUUUAUUUCCACCAAAACUGAACACACUUGAACACAGAAGAGUGGAGCUUUCUGACCAGGGAUUUGGGGAGGCUGGCACUUGGACGACUGACAUCAGCAGAUCGGGAGGAAAACAAUUGGUAAAAAUUGGUGUUGCUUGCUUGCUUUGCUGCCCCAACUGAAAGCUGUUCAGCCCGGGUAGCAAGUCAAGCUGUCUGCUACUGUUUUUUUUCCUGUAAUUUUAAAAAGGAAUGGCCUUAAUAUAUCUGCCAUUGCUCUGGAGCUGCUCCGGAGUACUUUGUCUAUUUUACUCUGUGCCUGCCUUGUCACAAAGACCAGGCCUCCUCCAGGUUGCACUAGUUCCCAUGAAUAGUCAUUUUGAUAUGGAGUUCUAUAGGAACGUAACAAAGGUUAUACUAAAUGGGAAAUAUUAUAUAUUUGUAAUGUUUAGCCCGUUUUGUGACUAGACAUUAAAAAGCAUGAACACUUUCAGUGCAAGGUCAGUUCUUUACACUUUUUAAAAGAUGUGUAUGCCCCAUAUUGAUGGCACCAUUUCUAUGUAAAUGACAGUUGAACCAUCUUCAGAAGACCAGUGUACAAGAAAGUCUGUUCUAUUGCGUAUUUGUGGGGAAAAGAUGUAAUCUGCCAUUAUGAAGACCCAGUGUCAACCCUUAAAUACACGUGAGACGGAAAGUGUCUAUACUUUGGCCCUAAUAUAUUAAAACAUUGGAAGUAUUUACUCAGUCUCCCAUCUGAACGACAUAUUCCAGAUCAUACGUCUGUGAACUGUUAUAGAUUAAAUUGAGAAUUUCUGUCCUUAGUAUCGCCACCUUGCAGAUAUUAUAUAUUCUCAAUAUACUGUGGUUAACUAAAAAAAAGUGGAGACUAAUGCAUGGUCAUGUUAUCGUCAAAGAAAGUGUCCAAGUACCAAUUUUGUUUUUGACAAUUUAUUUUUCUGCAAUUAUCUGACAUUUCUGUGCAGAAUGACAAGAUUUCCUCUAACAUGCUUGGAUAUUUGUAGGAUGCUGAGCAUCACUUCUACUGGCAAUGUUAUUCUGUGUUUGAAUGGGGGGGGUUGUCAUGUUUAUUCAGUCCGUCUCGUAUGUAGUGUGGUGUGACCGACACUUCAGAGGAUUUUGUAAAUUAAGAGUAGCAUCGUUUUUACAUGAUAUUACUCAUCAUUCGGAGUCAUGUCGAGAUGUUGAAACUUCUUUUUGUUUGGAAGCAAAAAAGAUGAAGAUGUUGUCUGCAAGAAUGCCUGCAUUAACCCAUUAAACCAUUUUCCAGCA